GGUUCUUGAGGUAGUGGGCGCUUUUGCCCCAAUGGGAGCUUGAUGUAGGGAGCUUGCUAGAAUCGUCCAACCGUUGAUCCAUUCUAGUGCUUGCUCUAGAAACCUAGAAAAAUGGGCGAGAAUUAGGUCAGUGAUGCGAAUGUGAUGAAUGUGGAUUCUGGAAGCGCUGCAGGCGAUUCUCUGGCCAUCGCAGCAUCAGCAGCAGCGGAUGGAUGCGAUCGCAGCGAGUCCAAGCGAUGCGAAGCUCUUCUCCAAGGUGAAGGGAUUCUACGAUCUGGGAAAGCAGGAGCUGGAGAAGGCUGUCCGGCACGAGGAAUUUGGCUUGCCGCAGGAUGCGAUCUCUCACUACAAGAACGCGCGCCAGGUGUUCAUAGAGGGCAGCUCUGCGCCCUCGGCUGUGGAUUCUAACAGCAAGUAUGCUAGUGAGAUUGCGAGCUACAAGGGGAAAAUGCGCAAGUGGCAGGAGGAUUGCACCGAGAGACUGCGUGUUUUGGAGAACCGAUCGAAAGUUUCUAGUCAACCCGUCAUUCAAAGUCAGCCACGGCCCAAAGAAAAUGUUCGUUGUAACUCGGCGCCGGAUCGUUCCAAUGGAAGGACGGCUUCUAUCAAAGGGAUUGAUCCUAAGCUUGCUGCAAUCAUCGAAAAUGAGAUUGUCGAUCGCAGUCCAUCUGUAAGGUGGAAUGAUAUUGCUGGACUUGCAAAAGCUAAGCAAGCUUUGAUGGAGAUGGUCAUUCUUCCUACGAAAAGGAGUGAUCUUUUCACGGACCUUCGGAGACCAGCUCGAGGAUUGCUUCUUUUUGGUCCUCCGGGGAAUGGAAAGACAAUGCUAGCCAAGGCAGUGGCAUCUGAGUCUACUGCGACAUUCUUUAGCAUCAGUGCUUCGUCAUUAACUUCAAAAUGGGUUGGCGAGGCGGAAAAACUCGUUCGAGCAUUGUUCACGAUUGCGCGCUCCAGACAACCAGCAUUUAUCUUCAUCGACGAGAUAGACAGCAUUUUGUCAGCGAGAUCGGCGAAUGAACACGAUGCUAGCCGCAGGCUCAAAUCAGAAUUUUUGAGCCACCUUGACGGGCUCCCCUCGAACAAGGACGAUCGAAUCGUUGUGAUGGGUGCUACCAACAGGCCAGAGGAAAUAGACGAUGCAGUACGGAGACGUCUCGUGAAGAGAAUAUACGUCCCACUACCGGACUCUGAUGGCCGCAGGUCACUCCUACAAAAUCUUCUCAAAGGACAGGCCUUCAGCAUGUCAAGCUCUGACUUGGAAAAGCUCGUGAAAGACACAGAUGGGUAUUCUGGUAGCGAUCUUCGUGCGCUAUGCGAGGAAGCAGCGAUGAUACCAAUUCGCGAGCUUGGUCCACUGGUGGAAACGAUUCGUGCGAGCCAGGUUCGUGGCCUCAAUCUGGGAGAUUUUAGAGAAGCGCUCAAAGCGAUCCGGCCGAGCGUGUCGAGAGAACAACUGCAGCAUUUCGAGCAAUGGAAUCGCGACUUUGGCUCCACCUAGAGAUAAAAGAAAGAAAAGGUUCUCUCAUUGUAAAUAGCUGCGAUUACUUGAAAUCCACUUUGACGCAUAAAGCUAUACGAAAUUCUCACAAA